UCUAUUUCUGUCUUGGUUCGACCCCGACUCAAUGAGUUCUGUAGCUCUCUUUGAUUUCUCUUUCAGCACACUAUCGGGGUUCCAACCUAACUCCAGCUUUUGUUGGACUUUCCAUAGUAUUCACUUCAUCUGAAGUUUAAUAAAUUGUUAUCCUGCUACAGUAGACUUUAUUUUUAAAGUAUUUUGGUGGGGGAAAAAAAAACCAACCCAAACGUUUCCCAGUCAGCUGUCACUGGAGGCAACUGAACUCUGAAAGCACGUAGGAGUUUUCGAGGUGUUGAGGAGCGCCAGCCUUCAUUUACUCAAAGCUCUCAUCAGAGACAGAAGCAGACUUCUGAAACCUUCUGAACAUCAUGGAAACCAACCCUAUACCGGUACUGACUGUUCAAACAAGUCCAUUUGAUGACCAGAGACCUGGGACUAAUGGUUUGCGCAAGAAAACCACUGUGUUUGAGAGCAGAAAGAACUAUUUGCAGAAUUAUAUCCAGAGUGUCCUGUCCUCCAUCGACCUGAGGGACCGUCAAGGAUGUACCAUGGUGGUGGGCAGCGAUGGGAGAUACUUCAGCCGAGCAGCAAUCGAAGUUAUUGUGCAGAUGUCUGCUGCCAAUGGGAUAGGGCGCCUGGUGAUUGGGCACAAUGGCAUCCUGUCCACGCCGGCUGUCUCCUGCAUCAUCAGGAAGAUAAAAGCCAUUGGUGGGAUCAUUCUCACUGCCAGUCAUAACCCAGGAGGCCCGGCUGGAGACUUUGGUAUCAAAUUCAAUGUAGCUAAUGGAGGCCCUUCUCCAGACACAGUGAUGGACAGGAUUUCCCAGGUGAGCCGCACCCUGGAAGAGUUUGCCAUCUGCCCUGAACUACGUAUCGACCUGUCACGCCUGGGACGCCAGGACUUUGAUCUAGAGAACAAGUUCAAGCCUUUUCGAGUUGAGAUAGUGGAUUCUGUUGAAAUCUACUUGAAUAUGCUUCGUGGGAUCUUUGAUUUUGGUGCUAUUAAGAGUCUAUUGACUGGGCCAGAGCAGCUGAAGAUCCGAAUAGAUGCAAUGAAUGGAGUGAUGGGACCUUAUGUCAGGAGAAUCUUGUGUGAUGAACUUGGUGCUCCUGCAAACUCUGCGGUUAACUGUGUUCCUCUGGAGGAUUUUGGGGGCCAGCACCCCAACCCCAACCCUUCGUUUGCUGUAUCGUUGAUGGAGUCCAUGAAGGGUGGAGAGUUUGGUUUUGGUGCUGCAUUUGAUGCAGAUGGGGAUCGCUGUAUGAUCCUUGGUCAGAAUGGUUUCUUCGUAAACCCAUCAGACUCACUGGCAGUGAUGGCUGCCAACUUGUCCUGCAUUCCCUACUUCAGGCAGGUGGGCAUCCGUGGCUUCGCCCGCAGCAUGCCCACCAGCACGGCUCUGGACAGGGUGGCCAAGGCUAUGAAGGUGGCUUUGUAUGAAACCCCUGCAGGCUGGAGGUUUUUUGGGAACCUGAUGGACUCGGGCAGGUGCUCCUUCUGUGGAGAGGAAAGCUUUGGAACAGGUUCGGACCACAUCAGGGAGAAGGACGGUCUGUGGUCAGUGCUGGUGUGGUUGUCCAUCAUGGCCGUGCGGAAGCAGGGAGUAGAAGAAAUAGUGAGGGACCACUGGACUAAACUAGGCCGCAACUACUACUGCAGGUUUGAUUACGAGGGUGUAGAUCCCAGAGCUGCGUUUUACCUCAUGAGAGAUCUGGAGGCCAUGAUCACUGACAAAGCCUUCACCAAUCAGAAGUUUGCUGUGGGAAACAAUGUCUACAGUGUGGAGAAAACCGACAACUUUGAGUACAUUGACCCUGUGGAUGGCAGCGUAUCACGAAACCAGGGACUGAGGAUCGUGUUCACAGACUCAUCCCGCAUCAUAUUUCGGCUCAGUGGUUCCGGGCCAGGUGUGGGAGCCACCAUACGCAUCUAUGCUGAGAGCUAUGAGAGAGACCCAGAGAGACACAGCAGAGAGACACAGGUUGUCCUGGGCCCUCUGAUCGCCAUCGCUCUAAAGAUCUCAAGCAUCCAUGAGCGGACAGGACGUAGAGGCCCCACCGUGAUCACCUGAUCAGAACGCCAAGACGCAGGAAAGGGGCCAAAUCAUGAGACGGCCUUCUUCUAGGAUCCGCUCUCCAUGUCUUCCUCACGGUCUUUCACAGCCUCGCUAUUACUUUUCCCCUCAUGAAGCCAUGACUGCCUCUUGCUAGUCUGCACAAAGUCUCACUAUUUACACUGUGUAUGAUUUUUGCUGCUGUUUCACAGACGAAACAAAUAUUCUCUCUCUCACACUGUCUCAAAUGCAAAGAGAAAGAGUAGUUAUUCCUUUUUAUACUGCCCCUUUACCCAUGUGAAUCAUUAAAAUGUCUCUUUCACACUGCAUUUCUGCCACAGUUUUAUUCUUCAUGUAGAAACCAGUGCAGUGUUUUGGUUGUUCUGGUUUGUUCCAGAGUUCAACUGAGGUAACUGCCCAUUUUUAUGGUCACUCUUAUUACAGUUGAACAUAAUGCACUGUUCCAUCCAGACAUUUACUAGCUCACAAAAACAAAUCAGUCAGAACUAUACAACAUGCUUGUGGUACGUCCUUAAAGCUGAACGUCUGUCUAUGAAUUUAAACUCAACAUAUAGCCAGAGCUUUAUAGCAAAUGAAAGAGAAUAACUUUGUUAUUCCCCCCCCCCAAAAAAAAGAGUGCACCUUUAAUUCCCAAAUACCAGUUUGUAUGAAUAUCACAGACAUUAUGGUGUGUAGUGUAGCGUGAAUAAACAAUUUUUUUAUGAGUGCCAUAAUUUGUAGUGUGGAAUUAAAUAAUCAUGUGAAGAACUGCAACUGAAUGAAUGUAUUGCUUUCAUUCAUUUACAGCUCAAACCUUUGGUAUGUGUCAGUGCUGAACACUUCGAACAUGAAGGACAAAACUGUAUUCAGUUCAAUGUGUAAGAGGGAGCAAUUACAUUUAACCACUCCAUCAAGUUUAGGAGCAUAUUUUACAAAUGUAAUAUGAAAUCUUGGAAAAAUUUAAAAUGAAGGUCCAAAAUGCAAAGCGUUUCCUGGGGAAGCAUGUUUUUGUGAAUUUUUCAUUAUAGAUUGUGGCCUGCAAUCACUGGGCUUGUAACCUGCAAUCACUGGGUUUUGUUUGUUUUUGUAAGGCUACCACUAUACCACUUUGUGAAUGUGAAUUUUUGAUCAGUGCUCCGAGUGAUGGAAAACUGUAACUUUUGAUCGAGUUCAACGGUUAGGAGUUUAAAAAUAAUAGAAAAAACUAGUAAGAGAAAGCAAUGCUAAUGCCAUUGUAUUUAAUUUUGUAUCCAGUGUUUUACUGAAAUAAACUGUCUUGUGUGUAUUGGGAUAUUGUGCAUAGAUUUUUAAAAAAGUUAUUUUACCCAAUUUGGCCUGAUUAAUGACCUGACAACAUGGGUUACUCAAAAGAAAAAAGUUAUUUGAAAAUGUUUAGUGAUUUAAAAGAAACUCAAAUUAUAAAGCAGGCAGUCCUGCAAAGAUUUCCUCGAGACACGAGAAGCUGAGCACAGACCAAAUACUUUCCCACUUAGUAGCUCAUGAAAUAGUUUCAAAUCCAAGUUUUGAAUACAUUGUAAAAUUUGCCAUAUUUUUUUUCCCUGUCUUUUGUUUAUGGUGUCAUGAGACAAGUCACAUUUAUGGUAUAUUCCAUAUUGAUAUACAGUAAUUGCAUUGAUUGACCUGCUGCACAAUAAAACCAUGUUAAAAUGUUA